CAGCCGCAUACCACGAUCUGGAAUCGCGUCGUGGAAGCAGUUGGUGCUCGAUCGUCCGCAACGCUCGAAUCGAGAAAUUGUAAUCGCGAGCACGGAACGGAUCCGCGAUCCGCACGCGAUUUCAGAGCGGUUCGCGAAGCAGUGUGAUCGCGAAGUGUGAUUUAUUGUCGCGUAGAUAGCCGCUACACAAUCCUCCUGCUGCCAUCCGCGACCUUGUACCGCGCAGAAAACUCGUGGACCCUACACCCCCUUGACUGAAGAUUCGUCUCUCUUCUGGCCGAUCAUUUCAACUGGUUCGUCUUAGGAUUCUGGUCUCUCUCAGAAUAUUGGCGACACGUCCACGACGUCAGAGAACAAGCCGAUUGUGCAAAAUGCCGGAUACUUUCACACGGAGGUCGAUUUAACGUCGCUUCAAGAUGUAUACCGAGUGGCAAAAGGGUGAAUUAGUGUGGUUCGACCCUGGAGUCGGCCACGUGCUGCCAGGCGAGGUUCUGGAAUAUCACCGAGCUGCCAAUGUACUUUCGGUGCAAGCGGUUAUCGCCGGCAAGCCGCAAAUCUUCACUCUCACGAACCUGAACGGAGUAAAGCCCAGGCAGGACUUGGGUCAAAAUGGUGUCGAAGAUAUGAUCCAGUUGACAGAUUUGAACGAAGCUUCGUUAUUGUGGAAUUUGAAGAUUCGUUACGACAAAGAAUUAAUUUAUACAUACACAGGAAGUAUCCUCGUCGCAGUGAAUCCGUACAAAAUGUUCGACAUCUACGGAUUGGAUCAAGUGAAGCUUUACGAAGGACGGAUCCUUGGAACACUUCCACCACAUUUAUUCGCUGUGGGCUCUUCCGCGUAUAGUCAGGUGACUGCGGCCAACAAUUCCAGUGCCAAUCAGGUGGUUGUUAUUUCUGGCGAGUCCGGCUCAGGAAAGACGGAGUCUACGAAAUUAGUGAUGCAAUAUCUCGCGGCAGUCAAUCGCGCACCUAACAAUCUUGUCACCGAACAAAUUCUGGAGGCGACGCCGCUUCUCGAAAGCUUUGGUAACGCUAAAACGCCACGAAACGACAACAGUAGUCGAUUUGGAAAGUACUUGGAGGUUCACUUUAGAGACGGUGCGAUCGUAGGCGGUAGGAUAACGCAAUAUCUGCUAGAAAAGAGUAGAAUAGUAACUCAAGCUUCAGAGGAGAGAAAUUACCACGUGUUCUAUGAACUUUUGGCUGGACUUGACCAGCAACUCAGGGAUAAAUAUGGUCUUCUUACCCCGGACAAGUAUUUUUAUUUAAAUCAGGGUGGAAACUGUGAGAUUGACGGCAAAAGUGACGUUCAGGAUUUCAAGGCACUCUUGUCAGCCAUGCAAGUCCUGGGCUUCACGUCCGAGGAGCAAGACACGAUCUUUAAAAUUCUAGCUAGUGUAUUGCACCUGGGCAACGUGUACUUUCACCGGAAGCAAAUGAGGCACGGUCAGGAAGGAGUGGAAGUUGGUUCCGACGCUGAAAUACGCUGGGCGGCGCACCUCCUUCAAGUAAAUUCCGAUGGCAUCAUCCGAGCAUUAACUACAAAGACGACGGAGGCUAGAAACGAGCGAGUCUUUACGGCUUUGAACAUCGACCAAGCUCUUGAUGCCAGAGACGCUUUCGCAAAAGCUCUGUACAGCUCGCUCUUCUCGUGGCUGGUAGCGCGCGUCAACCACAUCGUUUACAAAGGCACCAAGCAGACAGCGGCCAUUUCGAUCCUCGACAUCUUCGGCUUCGAGAAUUUCACGGAGAACAGUUUCGAGCAGUUGUGCAUAAACUAUGCGAACGAGAAUUUGCAAUUUUACUUCAACAAGCACAUCUUCAAGCUCGAGCAGCAGGAAUACGCGAAAGAGAAGAUCGAUUGGACCACCAUCAACUACACGGACAAUCUACCGGUUAUUCACUUGAUAGCGAAGAAACCGGUGGGCAUUCUUCACCUGCUGGACGACGAGAGCAACUUCCCCAAGGCGACGGAUCUUUCCUUCUUGGAGAAGUGCCACUACAAUCACGCACUGAGUGAACUGUACUCGAGGCCUAGGAUGAACUCGGCCGAGUUCGCGAUCAGACAUUACGCUGGACAAGUUUGGUACAAUGUGGAAGGUUUCCUGGAUAAGAACAGAGAUACACUGAGGCCGGAUGUAGUCGAGUUACUGAUCAGCAGUAAGAUCUCGAUGGUUAGCAAGAUGUUCCAACAUGUUAGAAAUACUCAUGAGGCCAACAAAACGAUGAACAAGCCGAACGGCAGAUUCGUCACGAUGAAGCCGAGAACACCGACAGUUUCGGCUCGGUUUCACGACAGUCUCCAGCAGCUUUUGGAUUCCAUGUCUCAAUGUAAUCCAUGGUUCGUUCGCUGUAUCAAGCCGAACACUGAGAAAGCACCAAUGAAAUUCGACAUGCCAUGUGUGCUGGAACAGUUGAGAUACACGGGAAUGUUGGAGACGAUCCGCAUCAGGAAAACUGGCUAUCCAGUUCGUCUCUUAUUCGGGCAUUUUGUGGAUCGUUAUCGGUAUCUUGUCUCGACGCAUUUGCCAAGAGGAGCACCCAACAAGGAGCUUUGCAGAAUAAUUUUGAGCAAGGCAGCGCCGAAAGAGGCUCAGUCGCAGUACCAGCUCGGUCUUACCAGGGUGUUCCUGCGGGAAUCAUUGGAGAGAGCUUUGGAAUAUAACAGAGCGUUGAUUUUGGAAAGGGCGGCCAUCACGGUUCAAAGAUACACGAGAGGCUUCUUAGCACGCAGAAGAUUCCUCAACAUUUCUCGAAGCACGGUGUUGAUACAGGCAGUGUAUCGUGGUUACCGCGAGCGCAAACAGUUCCGCGCGAUGAAGAAGGGUGUUAUGAUGGCGCAGAAAUUAUAUCGAGGUAGGAAACAGCGAGAGAGGUUCAAGGUGUUGAAGGAGGAGAUGACGAAGAGAGCGGAAAUCGAACGAGCCAGUAAGGAGCGAGCGAAGGCGAAGCAGCAACGGGAAGAACAGGAGAGAACAUCGCGGGCUGUUGCUGGCGUCAAUCACUUGGAAAUUCCCGCGGAAUUAGCCUUUAUCUAUAGCAAACUUGAUGAUUGGCAACCUACUCACACUGAGAGAAAUCUCCUCAAAGUCGUCGGCCAAGUUGUCCCAAUGAAUUACUCUUUCAAUUUGCCAUCUGACAUCGAUCAGUACCAGUUCUCGAAGUUUACAAACAUUUACUUCAAGAGCCAUAUCUUCGGGAUGAAACGAGAGCCGAUUAAGACGCCGUUCCUAGCAAAGGCUCGUGACCAAGAUUACACGGACUCUCUGAUGAUCUUCAAAAUGAUUUUGCGCUUUAUGAACGAGAACAAUCUCAGCGGCAAGCGGGAACAAGCGUUGGGUGACUAUAUUGUUAACAAGGGUAUCGUGAACGAAAAGCUGAGGGACGAGAUAUUGUGCCAAUUGGCAAAUCAAACCUGGAAGAAUGAGAACGACGCGAACAAAGAAAGAGGAUGGCUGCUGCUUUCCAAUUGUUUGUCAGCCUUCCAACCCAGUGGUACCCUCUUCAAGUAUUUUCUCAAAUACGUCUCCGAUCACGCCUACGACGGCUACAAAGCCUACUGCCAACGCAAGCUGCUGCAAGGCGAAAGAACGGUGUACCGUGUGAUGAAUAAUAAUCAGCAAACGGUGCAUCAAGUGCCCAGGAAUUACCCGCCGUGCGUCUUAGAAUGGCGGGCUAACAGGAAUCGUGUAAAUAUAGCGCUGAACGUUGGCUUUUACGACGGCGAGACAACUACCUGCGCGAUUGAUUCUUGGACAACAUGCGAAGAAUUGGCUAAUCUCGCAAUUCAGAAUCACGGGGUGGAAAACAAUGGCUGGACCAUCACGCUCUGGAACCAACUGGACGGUCCAGACGCUAUCGUGACGGAAACCAAUGGCUUCGACUAUGUUUUGGAUUUAAUCUCGGAAAUGGAGUUGGCACCAGCUUUCCCAGCCGCCAAACACAUGUUCUUGGAGCAACGCAAGAACAGUCUACCACCUAUAAAGAAACGAGAACAUGCCCAGGUAAUUCGAGAGUUGGAACAAGAGAUGGAAAUCCCGGUCCUGAAGACCUUCCAACCUUUGGAAAGAAAAACAGUGCCAAAAGUAGUUGACAAACCCGUUGAACCAGAAAUUCAGACACCUAGGCGGCCGAUUGUUCCUCCGCCGCAACCACCUGUUGUCAAACCACCCGUACGAAAGCAAUCACAUGAAGCUAUUUUGGAGACUACAAUCGAGACAGGAUUGUCGAGGAAAUCCGCCUUGAACGAUCGAUAUUUCGAGAAGGAAAAGCAGCGCAGCCGAAGUUUGGACAACUUACUUCAGCCGGAGGUCGUACCUUCGCCGGUGAAGCUCGCCAAUCUUGGACUCUCCUCAUCUAAAUUGAAUGAGCGAUAUCACAGUCUGGAGAGAAUCGGUGAGACUUCAGCAGUCAGCAAUGUCGAAUACAUGACGCGCAAUGAAGCCACGCAAGAGAGGAAGUACAGCAGGAUCACAAGGACGACGGAGCCCAACAUCGUUGAGGAGGAGGAUCUCACCAUCGACUUUGAGUAUCCAGACAUCCAGUCCGUCAGUCAAACCGGCAGAUCGGAAGACGACAAGAGCAGCUACAUUAGAUCGCAGACCAGAUUCAUCAAGUCACAAUAUCCCGGCAAACGCGCGCUGCCAGGGAGCCAGUCUAGUCGCGCGUAUAUCGAAAAGAGUGAAUAUGGUGUGAAAUCAUCAGCUAUGUCCGACACCAGCGAGGCACCAUCCUUGGCAUCGCAUGUGCGCCGCGUUCGAGUGCCCAGUCAGGCCUCCGACGUAGACCAGUUCCUGGACGAGCUCUUCAUGCCGGUUUUGGACGGUAACCUUGACGAACUGUCGGAUGCCCGUAGUUUAGCCGCUUCGAUAAAAGGCUCGCGAAACACCAAAUUAUCUGGCAGCCAAACAGUGCUGGAGAAUGUGCAGAAAAUUGAUCCUCGAACUGUCAAACUAGCCACCGUCGAUGACUUCGUCGAAAGAAUGAUGACAGACGAUAGUGAUAUAGACAUCAACGCGAGUGAAUUAUCGAAGAGAAUUAAAGGAGGUGGCAAUAUGGACAUUCCUAAUCAGAACACGGCCUUCAACUUUAGUCCUAUUGCGCAGAGUAUGAUGUCGCCACCCAUGAUGAUGCCCAUGUUCAGUCCCGCUCAACAAGUCCCACCUGCUCAGAGCACCAACAUGAGCAUGGGCGCAGGGUUCAUGCCCAUCCCAAUCUACAGUAUGCAAGGUCUCAGCUUGCCGCAAUAUCCCAGCUCACCGCCCAACCAAAACAACGACAUGAUGGCGUACCAGCAGAACCUUCAACGGGCUUUCCUGCAGAGCGCGAUGGCGCAGAAUAUCCAAAUACAACAGCAACUAUUAGCGCAGAAUCAAGCCUUGCAGCAGCUGCUGGUCCAGAGCCCGCAGAACUCAACACAGCAGCCGAGCACGGUGUUACCCGCUGGCCCCUCAAGCAUGAAUCUUGUCCCCCCAGCCCCCCCAAUCGGUGCCCAAACGGGGCCCAAUGAUUCUAUCGGACGCUACUCCAAGGUCUCGUUUAGAGAACCCGAUGACGGUGAAUUGUGGUCCACGGAGAAACGGGGAACACCGUUGCAAUCCACGCCAACGAGUCAACGGCAGGAAACAAUGACGGUGAAGGCGCAAAUUCACAGAUCGCAAAGUCCACUCAGAAAGAAUUCCGAAGCCACCCGGAAGACGAGCAUAGAUUACGCACGAAAGAUCAGUGUGGAUCGCAAGGUGGUGGAUAGGAAGACAUCCUCGGGACAAACGGAAGUGAAAAGAACCAGUUCGAGCAAGAGUAAUGUGCAAAGCAACUUCACCAAUGUGCUCAGCGAGCUGAAGAAUAGGAAAAGCAGCAUAGAUAGCAAUUUCUCAAGUUCAAGCAAUAACAAAGGUGUCCCACCACCCCCGCCGAUGCCCCCGCCUUUAGAAUCCCAUGAUCCUUCGGAGUCCAGGCCGUUCCUCGAUCCAUACGGAAGGGCGAAGACUGUGCGUAUUGGAAAGUGGAGGUGGCCACCGCCGAGCGACUCCAAUGAAAAUCAAGGACAAGAUAGUUUUAUAGAAUUCAAAAUGCGCCAACAGCAACAGCAACGUAAGAUAACUCCACAAUAUCAGGAGUAUGACCAAGGUGAAGGUGAACCAGCAACAGAAGGCGGCGUCGAAUGGGAAGAAUUUGAGAUCGAGAACAUUGUUACCAAUGAUGUCGCUCAUCCACCAGCGAGUACGCCUAAACACGAAAACGGAUAUAAAGAGGAAGGCGAAAAGAAGAAGAAGAAAUCGAAGUCGGCUUUGGACAUAGGCGCGCAGAGACCAUCGCCAGGAAGUAUAGGCAAGCUAAAGCUCAGCUCGGAGAUGAGGCAGAGAUUGGAAAAAGUAACGGCAAAUCAUAGUGUGAGGUCUACAAAGACGGCUGAGAAACCUGCUCUUCCGCGAGAAGACGGGAAGGUUAAACGCUUAGAGGACAACAGAAAGCUCCUGUUGGAACAGCAAUUAGGUGGUAGAUGGGACGAUUAUUCUUCCACUGUCGAUGACACUCAAAGUGUUACUUCUAAAGGCACGACAGACAUGAUGACACAAGCUCAGGUUGUGAGGACACAAAUCGAGAGAAUGGAACGUCCUGUACCGCCUCCACCACCCAUUACUCCGCCACAACCCCCGAGUCCAAGGGGUGGCAGUGUUUACAGCAACAGCCAAUCCGGUGUGCCUCAGCCGCGAUCACCACCAGCGCCGAUCGAACCAAAAAGCCGUGACUCCUUCCGCACGUCUCCUGACUCCGAGGCGUUCGAUCACUUCCCGAAGAACCAAAUGUUCAGCCAAAGCCGUGACAUCUUUGCCUCUCAGCAGCAUUUACGCGACAAUCACGAUUAUCGAAAUGACUUUGAGAAAGCUCGCUCUUCUGACACCAAGUCCAAGGACUUCUACGGGAAGGAUAGCACCGACCUGGCGAGUUCGACGCGCGACCACAACUCUGACUUCGACUCACGUCGCGAUCUAAAUUCUGAAAUCUUCGAUUCCAAAUAUGCAUUCGACGGUUCAAAUAUUAAACGUGAUCCCUUCAGCAUGACCCGAGACGUGUCUCCCAAGUCACGAGACAGCUUCGGGAUGCCGUCGCCACGAGACUUCGGCGUCGUGCCGAACACGAGGGAGUCCUUUACCGUCGCACGACAAAGCUUCAAGAAGUUGGACCGAGAAGUGGACAGACGAUCGAGCGUAGCCUCGACACAUCGCACUGACAAGAUGGAGAGGAUUGAGAUCGAAGAGUGGCCGGAAUUCCUCAAGCCGGUAUUACCACCGGCUGAUAAGCCGGAGAUCGAGAAGGUCCAAGAAGUAGUGAACACCAAACUCUACCCGCAAACUUCUAACGCGCAUUUCACGUACAACAGAGUCACUUGGACCUUGAGAGUCAAGAAAGAGGUCUUCGCGCCCAAUGAAACGUUGAACAGUCCUUUGGCGUUGCAUCUGGUGUUCUGCCAAGUGGCGUACGAUGUACUGGCGACCUCCAGCAUAAGAAUCACCAAGGAGGAUCGGCAAAACAUGCUGAAGAUGUUAGAUAACUACGGCGUUACGUUGGACAAUCUCCAAAGCACGCAACACAAGAUCACAAUCAAGAAGAACAUCGUGGAUAUGGCGAAGCAAUGGCCGUUGUACUUCGCCAGGAUAUUCCCCGUGUCGAUCGGCCCGCAACAUCCAGAGACACAGCAUGUGGCAGUAUCACAUCAUGGACUUCGAUUAAUCAAACGCACGGCUAACGGGGAUCUGAUAAUCCUGGAGACUCUGCCGCUGGAGGACAUCGUCUCCGUGAACUCUUCCAGAGCCGGCGUAUGCGUUCUGCAGGUCGCUUCGGGAGUCAGGCUGCCCUUGCACACGAAUCGCGCACCGCAGUUGGCGGAGAUGAUCGGCAGAUACAUCAGACUGAUCGAUCAGAAGCCGCUCCAGAAAAUUAACCAUCACGAAAAUCACGUGUCCCAAAUCACGAAAAGCAUUCAGUCGCAGGCGAAUCACGCCUCCGCGAAUCACAUACAGCCUCACAACCAUUCUAAUCACAUAAUUUCCGAGCACGAGAACCACGUGCCGCUUGGUCGCGUGCCCAACCAUGUGUCAGCUGUCAAUCAGGCAAACCAUCAGAAAAACCAGCAAAACCAGCGACUCAGCCCGAGCCAGGAAUGGCGGCAGCAGGAUGACAAUGUCAGACUCCAGGAGGACAGCAUUUACGAGACCGGAACGGUGGUCAACGAUGGCAAACACUCCCUGUUGCAGUAUGCCAUGCUGAACUUCCGUCAAAGCACGGAAAAGUUCGAGAUGUUAAAGACUGCGGACGGGUCAAUCAGCGGCUCUCUUAAAGUAAUCGAGUCGUUGAAGAGCAAGAAGAAGAAUAAGAAAGGCAAAGGCCAACAAGAUGGCACCGAAUGGACCUGGAAGGAACAGGUGGACCUUGUCAAGUAUUCCACCGUCCCCAUCGAGCAGAGUCUACUCAGGUUGGACGCGGAUCUGAGCGCCUUAGCUGUGGAAUGCUUCUUGUGCCUGAUGAGAUACAUGGGAGACCAGCCAUUACCGCCUGAAACCAGUGAAGUCAAAUGUGUCUACACUAUUCUCAUGCACUGUCACAAGUACGAGCAGCUGCGCGACGAGGUGUACUGCCAAUUGAUGAAGCAGACUACCAAUAACAAGAGCCCGAAUCCAGAGAGCUGCCAGCGGGGCUGGCGGAUCUUCAGCAUCGUCGCAGCUUAUUUCACAUGCAGCGAGGGCCUGAGGCCUUAUCUGACCAAAUACUUAGAGACAGCAGCGUACGACAAACGUCGCGCAUAUCACGGCACCGCGACCGUCUGUCUGCAGAACCUCAGGAAGACUGUCAAAUACGGCGGACGUAAGAAUGUGCCCAGCGUCGAGGAGAUCAUGGCGAUCAGCGCGGGCAGGAACGCGAAAAGACAAAUUUAUCGGCUACCUGGCGGUACCGAAAGAGUCAUUAAUACGAAAUGCACGACCGUCGUGCAGGACGUUAUUGAGGAGAUGUGCAACGUCAUCUCUGUGAGAAAUCCCCACGAGAUGGAUGAGUUCUCAUUAUACUGCAUCGUCGAUGGUGACGCGUUCACCAUGCCGUUAGCCAGAGACGAGUACGUCUUGGACGUGACCACGGAACUUCACAAAAAUCACCAAGUGUUCUAUUUAAUAUUUUGCAGAUCUGUCUGGUAUUAUCCUUUGCGACUGGAUGCAGCGUUGUACAUAGAAGUUGUAUUCAACCAAAUUGCUCCCGAUUAUUUAGAAGGACUUCUACUAGUCCUACCUGGAGAACACUUACCUCAGGAAGUAAUCUAUGACAUGGCGCAAAUCGCGGCCUUACUGCAUAGAGCAGCUGACAUGACACACGAGCCUGCGACGAAGGAGAUUAAAUACUUAUUGCCAAAACCAGCGCUUAGUUUGAGAGAACCCAGGCCACAACAAUGGUCUAAUAUGGUUCAGCAAGCUUGGAGUAACGUUCAACAUUCCUCGGCGGCCGUUUGCAAGGCGCAGGUGCUCGAAAUAUUAUCCAAGUGGCCACUUUUCGGCUCGAGUUUCUUUGCAGUAAAGAGGGUACCCGAAGGCAAAGAGAAGGGUGCCGAUCAUAUUCUGGCUCUCAAUCGACAUGGAGUGCACUUCAUUGAUCUUAUAACACAUGAAACAUUAUACCAUUACCCCUAUUCCGAGGUAAUCUCUACUAGAAAAGUUAAGUCGGAGGAGGGCACGCUUUAUCUCGAUAUGAAGUGCGGUAAUCUGAUGCAGCAGCGUAUCACGAGAUUGCAGACGGAGCAGGCUCACGAAAUCUCCCGACUGAUCAGGCAGUAUAUAACUAUGGAACAAAGAACGUCUAACGCUCAAGGUGCCGGUAUCGGUCUCGGCAUGAGAUAAGCUUCUUCGUUACGCAACAUCCUUCCUUCACGACCGAUAUCUGGCUCGAGUGAAUAAAAUCGCAGAGCCAUAACUAGAUUAAGACCAUCGGCCGUUAAUGUUAACGAAAAGACAUUGUGGAAUCAAUAGUUUACAUUACGUACCGGCCUUAACGUGACUGUGUAGAAGGUCUACCAACCUUAAUGUCUAUACUGCAUAUGGUAUUGCAUAAAGUAUCUUACCAAGUAGAAUAAUGUCCACUUCAGCACGCCGUUGUGGUACUGCUAAUCUGUUGUCAAGGAUAUUAGUAGGAUUCGUUGGAAGGAAGGAUUGUGGAGAAACGAAUGCUCAAGUAUCUAAGCCGUCCAUAUUGAUCAUGAUGUAAAACGAUGGACUUGUAUAGCAUUUAUUUAUAUUACAGUUUUUUCAUAAAAACACACACACACACAAACAAACAAACAAACAAACACAAACGUCUGAACAAGUGAACAGAGAUUACAUCCAUCGUGGCGGUGUGACGCUAAUAUUAAUACAUGUCUGAUGAGUGUUAAGCAGAAGACUAACCACACGUAGCGAUUAUAUGUUAUCUCUCUCAUCAGAGAAUUAUUAAUAAUAAUUGUACGUAUGCAUAUAGAAGUACGAUGUGAAUGAAGAUUUUAACUUUAUAUUGAAAUUUGUACGUGUAAAAAAAGAUGUUUUUAUUA